CACACUUCAAAACAUACCCUACACUGCACAUUACACACAACACUGCCCUCCGUUUCCAUUUCCAUUUCCAAAGAAUCUAACCAUCCAUCAUUCUAUGAGAUGGACAGAUAGAGAGCGAUUGCCAAAAGACAAAAGAGAAAAAAAAAGAAAAUGGUUUUAAAGACUCCUUAUUCUGCCCAACUUUCUCUCUCUCCAAAUCAACUCGAAUCAAAACAGAGCAACAGACACUGAAGAAACCGCAGGAUGAAAACAAAAGUUCAUUUCUUUUUUUUUUUUUUUUUUUUGAGAUUUUCUUCUGCUUGGUUUAAGUUUUCUACAUGUUCCCUUUUUCUUUCUUGAUAUCUCACUUAUCAGUGGUCUCUGCUGGAUAUCUACUUUAUCCCUUCUCUCUACAGUACAGAGAGUGUGUAGUUUCCUUCUUUUUUAACCACCAUUUACUGUAUAUAUGCUCUCAUUCACCUGAAAAUACGGUUUCUUUCUUCACAGUUCAGAUAGAUGGAGACUAGGUUUCUCCUGUUCUUUCUCCUUCUUCUUAUGCUCUUUCACCCCUCUUCGGCUCAGAUGCCAGGUUUCGUGAGUUUGAACUGUGGGGGCAAAGAAAAUUUCACUGAUGAACUUGGGCUGGUGUGGACUUCUGAUGAUAGUCUAAUUUAUGGAGAACCAGCAACUAUAUCAGUUGCAAAUGAGACAAGGAAGCAAUACAAGACACUGAGACAUUUCCCUGCUGAUUCCAGGAAGUACUGUUAUACUUUGGAUGUCAUAAGUAGGACAAGGUAUCUUUUAAGGGCGACAUUCUUGUAUGGAAACUUUGACAACAAUAACGUUUACCCCAAGUUUGAUAUCUCUGUUGGUGCAACUCAUUGGUCCACGAUUGUAAUUUCUGAUGCUAAUACCAUAGAGUCUAUAGAGCUGAUAUUUCUGGCUUCAAGUCCUACCAUCAGUGUGUGCUUAUCCAAUGCUACAACAGGGCAGCCAUUCAUAUCUACACUUGAGCUCCGACAAUUUAAUGGUUCAGUUUAUUAUACAUCAUUCGAAAACCAAUUUUAUCUCAGUAUCUCUGCAAGAAUCAAUUUUGGUGCAGAUAGUGAAGCUCCAGUUAGGUAUCCUGAUGAUCCAUUUGAUAGAAUAUGGGAAUCUGACUCUGUGAAGAAAGCAAAUUACCUUGUUGAUGUUGCUGCCGGUACAGAGAAAAUUUCAACUAACAUGUCAAUAGAUGUCAGCAAUGAUGAAAGGCCUCCUGAGAAAGUGAUGCAGACUGCUGUAGUUGGUACAAAUGGAUCACUAACCUAUCGGUUAAACUUAGAUGGUUUUCCUGGUUUUGGUUGGGCUGUUACAUACUUUGCAGAAAUUGAAGAUUUGGCCCCUGAUGAGUCCAGGAAGUUCAGGCUAAUACUCCCUGGCUUCCCUGAUAUGAGCAAACCCAUUGUUAAUAUCCAAGAAAAUGCUCAAGGAAAAUACCGUCUGUAUCAACCAGGAUAUCCCAACAUAUCUCUCCCCUUUGUAUUGUCUUUUAGAUUUGGAAAGACUUCUGAUUCUUCAAGAGGGCCACUCUUGAAUGCUAUGGAGAUAAACAAGUAUCUAGAGAAAAAUGAUGGUUCAUUGGAUGGAGAAGUCAUUGCAAGUGUCAUUUCACUCUACACAUCCACAGAUUGGGCACAAGAAGGUGGUGACCCAUGUCUGCCAGUGCCAUGGUCUUGGUUGCAGUGCAACUCAGAUGCACGGCCAAGAAUAAUCAAAAUCUCCUUGUCUAGCAAGAAUUUGACAGGAAAUAUCCCUUCAGAUUUGCCAAAGUUGAAAGGUUUAGCUGAAUUAUGGCUUGAUGGAAAUUCGCUGACCGGUCCAAUACCUGAUUUUACUGGAUGUACAGACUUGGAGAUCAUCCAUCUCGAGAACAAUCAGUUGACGGGUGGGCUGCCUUCCUCUUUAAUGAACCUGCCAAAUCUAAGGGAACUGUAUGUGCAAAACAACUUAUUAUCUGGAACUGUGCCUUCAGGUCUUCUCGAUAAAAACCUAUUUUUGAACUACUCUGGAAACCUUCAUGUUCAUGAAGGAGGCAGAAGAGAAAAACACACCGGUAUUAUUAUUGGUUCAUCAGUUGGAGCAGCAGUUCUGCUAAUAGCCACAAUAGCAUCUUGCUUUUUCAUACGCAGAGGGAAAAAAAGUAAUCAUGAUUAUGAGCAUCACAGGGUUCCUCCACCGGUUCAAAGGCUAGUUUCUACCUUGAAUGAUAAUCCUGCAGAAGGAGCAUAUUGCUUCACCUUCUCUGAGAUUGAAGAUGCUACAAGAAAGUUGGAGAAAAAAAUAGGUUCUGGAGGUUUUGGAAUUGUAUACUAUGGGAAACUGAAAAAUGGAAAAGAAAUUGCAGUGAAAGUUCUGACCAAUAAUUCCUUCCAGGGAAAGCGAGAGUUUUCAAAUGAGGUGACUCUUCUUUCAAGGAUACAUCACAGAAACCUAGUACAGUUUCUUGGAUUUUGCCAAGAAGAUGGGAGAAGUAUGCUUGUUUAUGAGUACAUGCAUAAUGGAACUCUCAAGGAACAUCUUUAUGGCUCGCGAGGAAGAAGUAUUAAUUGGAUCAAGCGCCUUGAGAUUGCUGAAGAUGCUGCAAAAGGGAUUGAGUAUCUUCAUACAGGCUGUGUUCCAGCUAUUAUCCAUAGAGAUUUAAAGACAAGUAAUAUUCUUCUUGACAAACAUAUGAGAGCAAAAGUUUCAGAUUUUGGUCUUUCAAAACUUGCAUUAGAUGGAGCUUCGCACGUCUCAAGUGUGGUUCGGGGUACUGUAGGGUAUUUGGAUCCAGAGUAUUAUAUCUCUCAGCAGUUAACGGACAAGAGCGACGUUUAUAGUUUUGGUGUCAUUCUCCUUGAGCUGAUGUCUGGUAAAGAAGCUAUAUCGAAUGAAUUUGGGACUAAUUGCCGCAAUAUAGUUCAAUGGGCAAAGUUACACAUAGAGAGUGGGGAUAUUCAAGGAGUUAUUGAUUCGUCAUUAGAUGAUGAUGAGUAUGAUAUACAAUCAAUGUGGAAGAUAGCAGAGAAAGCUUUGAUGUGCGUCCAGCCGCACGGACACAUGAGGCCAUCAAUUUCAGAAGUUCUGAAGGAGAUCCAAGAUGCUAUUGCAAUUGAAAGGGAGUCUGUGGCAGUGAGAGAAGGUAACUCGGAUGACAUGUCAAGGAAUUCUGUUCAUUCUUCCCUCAACUUGGGUUCCUUGGAAUUGGGUGGAACUGAGAAUUACCUAUCACUCGACGAGUCGGUAGCACGCCCAACAGCUAGAUAGUUCAUUGUUUUAUCAAUCAUGCACAGGCACAUAAUUCCACUUCUUUUUACUUUUUUCUUCUUUUGCCUUUUAGUCAUAUUGUUUUUUCUAGGAAGGAAAAAAUGAAGAGAAUUGUAUGUCCAUUUUGAGUGUAAAUUUCUGCUAUGGUAAAGGAAAUGUUGUUUGAGCCAGAUACUUAUGUCACAUCAAGUUAUUUUGGAUGAUCAAACUCCCACAACAAUGUCACCUUGUUUGGUUCUAUAAAAAUCUCAGUUACAAGA